AAAAUUUAUUGUCAAAUAAAUCACAGAUUGAUUGAUAGUCAUAGAUAGCUAUGACUAUCUAAAUCAGUUUCCAUAAAUAAAAAAAAUAAAAUAAAAUAAAAAUCUGUCAAUGGACAAACCAUCUUUUUUCCACCAGAUGGUGUUCUUGCACCCAGUAUUUUGCAUCUGGUUCGUACAUUACAUACGUCAUCUCAGCCCGAGGCGGUUUCAAACGCAUAUUUUAAUGUUUCACCUGGUUUAAAAAUGUACGUUCUCCUAAGAAAAAAAAAAACACCGCAGUUGGCCUCGUCUUUAGCAUUGGCGAUAAGAACCACAACCCACCGACUAGAACGGCCCAACUAAUAUUUAUACAUGACUUAUAGAGUCAAGUUUGGCAUUCCAUUCCUUGGCUUCCAUAGAACUAGUGCGAGAACCCAUGCCCGAUCACACUAUCUCCUUCUGGGAGGGAGGGGGGAGUAGUGUACAGUCGCCUGUGCGUCCUCCCUCCGUCAGCGCAGAACAGACGCUACAUUCAGCUUGCAGUUACAGGAACUCCCUGCAGGAACUCCCGGGUACUCGCGGCGAGCUGCUGCGCGCAAUGCCAUUCAUGCCACGAAACGGGCGAAACGCCUGCUCCGUUGACCCAGCGAUGUGGAGUACACGCAGCGUUUUUUGCGCAUGGAGUCUGCUGUUUUUGACAGAGGUCUGUGCGCAGGCUCAGCAGAGACAAAGCUUUACUUGCGGCGGUAACAUCACAGGGGAGUCUGGAGUAAUCGGGAGCCAGGGGUACCCAGGAGUUUACCCCCCAAAUACCAAAUGUGUAUGGAGAAUCACAGUCCCAGAGGGAAAGGUUGUGGUUCUGUCAUUCCGCUUUAUUGACUUGGAGAGUGACAGCCUGUGCCGGUACGACUAUGUGGAUGUGUACAGUGGCCAUGUCAGCGGGCAGCGGCUCGGCCGCUUCUGUGGGACAUUCAAGCCAGGAGCUCUGGUUUCCAUUGGCAACAAGAUGCUCCUGCAGAUGGUAUCCGAUGCCAACACAGCUGGGAGUGGCUUCCUGGCCGUAUUCUCUGCCGCCCAUCCACACGAGAGAGGUGAACAGUACUGUGGAGGCAAACUGGAUAAGCCCUCUGGGACGUUUAAAACCCCCAACUGGCCUGAGAAGGACUACCCGGCUGGUGUCACCUGCUCCUGGCACAUAGUGGCACCAAAGAACCAGAUUAUCGAAGUGAAGUUUGAGAAGUUUGACGUGGAACGGGACAACUACUGCCGCUACGACCACGUCUCUAUUUUCAACGGUCCGGAAAUAAAUGAUGCCCGGAGGAUUGGGAAAUAUUGCGGAGACAGCCCUCCGGGGCCCGUGUUCUCCGAUGGGAACGAGCUCCUGGUCCAUUUCCUGUCAGACCUGAGUCUGACCGCAGACGGCUUCAUUGGACACUACAAGUUCAGGCCAAAGAAAUUCUCAACGACCACGGCGUCACCUACCACUACUACGCAGCCAGUCACCACCAGACCCAUACCGUUAAAGUACUCGGCCGCCCUGUGCCAGCAGAAAUGCAAGAGGCGAGGAACGCUGCAGAGCAACUACUGCUCCAGCAACUUCGUGAUCAGCGGCACCGUCAUCACGGCAGCGAUGAGAGGAGGAAGCAUGUACGCCACCGUCUCCAUCAUCAACGUGUACAAAGAGGGCGGCCUGGCCAUCCAGCAGGCUGGAAAGGCCAUGAGCACCAAGAUCGUCAUCCUGUGCAAGAAGUGCCCAUAUGUCAGAAGAGGCCUGAACUACGUCUUCAUGGGCCAGGUGGACGAGGACGGCCGCGGCAAGAUCGCGCCGCACCACUUUGUUCUGGUGUUCAAGACCAAGGACCAGAAAGCACUGAAUCUUCUGAAAAACAAGCGGUGCUGAGCUUCGGUGCCUCCACUGGAGCGGCGGAAGAAACAGCAGCGAAUGAUCUCGGAACCAUCGAAACCCAAACCGGACGUGGAGCUUUAGUGUGAAGGUGUCAGUAUUUGCUCAUUUUACGGUGGAUUGCAUGUUUUCAGAAUAAACUGAUACUUUUACUUUGACAGUGAUCUAAAUCACAUUCCUACCACACAGAAGGAUAUUUAAAUAGAUUUUUGCAGAUCAAUUUAAAUUCUUGGGCUUCGGGAUACUGAAAAAAAUGCUGAUUAAAGUGCAAUAUUUCAUAUUUAUAUAUUCUUUUUUUAACAGAAUUCAAAUGCUGGCUUGUGGAAUAAAUCCACCUCCCAGCUGGAACGCUUUCCUUUAGUUUGUUUACAGAUGCAAAGCAAAGCACUACCAUCAGCAUGUAUCAUUUCCUUACUGUCAAAGGCAGAGGUAUGAAAUGAAAAAUAUUUUCAUAUGGAAAAAGUCUGUGAAUAGUAUUUAUAGUUUAUUUUUUUCAUCUGCCCGAAUAAAAACCGUGAACAUC